AAUUUUCUGCUCAAUAGUUGUUUCCGUGUAACCUAUGAUCUUAAUCUUAGGUUCGUCACUUCCAAAGUUCCAAUCUCCAUUAACACCCUGAUAACUGAUUUCAAAAAUGGAUGGAGGAACUGAAGAAGGUAGUGAUGCAGGCAUGGAUAUGUUUUUAAGAAAUUAUAAAGUGGGAAAAACACUUGGCUUUGUAUCUAUGUUGGGGAAGAUGAAAAUUGCAGAACAUGUGUUGACUGGGAAGAAGGUCAUCAUCCAGAUCCUUAAACGUGACAAUAUAAAGAAUAUGAAAAUGGAAGAACAAGUGAAAUUAGAACAUGGAAUUUUAAGAUUACUUAAGCAUCCUAGCAUCAUAAAACUUCAUGAGGUCAUAGAAACUCCAACUGACAUAUGUGUUGUUAUGGAGUAUGCUUCCAAAGAGCUUUUUGAUUACGUAAUAGAAAGGGGUAGGUUAGAAGAAGAUGAAGGUCGUAAUAUUUUUCGGCAGAUAAUCUCUGGAGUGGAGUAUUGUCACAAUAAAAUGGUGGUUCAUAGAGAUUUGAGACCUGAAAACAUACUUCUGAACUUCGUUUGUGAUGUCAAGAUAACUGGUUUUGGCUGGAGCAACAUCAUGCAUGGUGGUCACUUUCUUAACACAAGUGGUGGAAGCUCUAAUUAUGGAGCUCCUGAGGUUAUGUGCAGAAAAUUAUAUAUUGGACCUGAAGUUGAUGUAUGGAGUUGUGGUGUAGUUCUGUAUUUUAUUCUUUGUGGAAUUCUACCUUUUGACGAUGAAAACAUUCCAAAUCUCUUUACCAAAAUAAAGGGAGGGGUUUUCACUCUUCCAUCUUACCUAUCUCCCGAAGCUAGAGAUUUGAUAUCAAAGAUGCUUAAUGUGGAACCUAUCAAAAGGAUAACAGUAUCUGAGAUCCAACAACACCCAUGGUUGCAACUUCAUCUUUGACCUAACAUAAUCUAUAUAAAUUUGGAUUUUUUUGCUGAAUUUUUCUGUACCAUUUCUUUGUACGUCUUUUAAAUAUAUCGAUCAACACUAAUUUUAAAAUAUUAAUAUAUUAUAUUUUUAAUUUUCAGCAAAAAACAACACCAAAAUUGAGAAUUUGGACUCGAAUAGAUGCAAUGUAAUGAGCCAAACCAAAUUGUAUUCAUUUUCUAUAGGGUAGAUUAUGUUAAGUAAGAUCCUUUGUGCUAAUAAAUCUU